CAGCCCUGGACCAUAUUUGUCAGGACUACUCGAGAGACGGAGAAAAAAAUAUAUAAAGAGAGAGAGGAUUUAGGGGGAUUGACUUCACCUACACUAAUCCUCUAUUCACUGACAAUUCAGCCUCUGAAAGCGUGGAUUGAGCAAGGAGAUUGUGGAAAAGGUGAUAAUAGGUGAUAUCAUUAUUAAUAAAACUUAGUAGAAACUGCAUGAAACUGCAAUAUCUGUAUCUACACCAUGACUGAGCCAGCUUCUAGUGGAAGUGGGCAAGACUUUGACGUAUUCAGUGUAAUGGACUGGAAGGAUGGAAUUGGUACCUUGCCUGGAAGUGAUCUGAAGUUUCGUGUGAAUGAGUUUGGUGCCCUGGAAGUCAUCACUGAUGAAACUGAAAUGGAAAGUGUCAAGAAGGCCACAGCUACCACAACUUGGAUGGUGCCAACAGCUCAAGAAGUCCCAAACACUCACUGCUCUUUGCACUGUGUAGUGUUCUCAGAGAAGACAGAUGGACCUUCAAAACUGAAGGAAACUGCCAGUGUGGAUGGGCUUCCUUUCUGUGAAAAUUGCCUUCAUUCUGGAACCACGGGGGAAUUUGUAGUUGGAGCUUGCAGCCCAAGGUGUGUCCCUCAGGUGAAAAACAGUUCAAGAGAGCAAAAGGAAGACAGAGUAUCAGAAUUCACCAAUGAAGACCAUUCCAAGGGAAAUCAAAAAAGAAAAGCUAGAGUACCUUCCAAAGGGGAAUGUAUGGAAGAUGGAGACAAAAAGGAUGAAACAGAGGAGAAUGCUGAUAGAAGAGUAUUAAGAGUCUCUCAAAGAGCCACACGGAAAAGGAAAAGAGACAUGACAAUUUUAAAACAGACUUUAAUGUCCAAAGGAAAGAAAGCAUGGAGUUGGUCUUCAUAUUUGGACGAAGAGAAGGCUAUAGCAGCACCUUCAAAGAUUUUUAAAGAGUAUCAGUCCUUCCCAUACAACAAAAAUGGGUUCAGAGUUGGAAUGAAACUGGAAGGAGUGGACCCUGAGCACCAGUCUAUGUAUUGUGUGCUUACAGUGGCUGAGGUUUGUGGCUAUAGAAUUAGACUCCACUUUGAUGAAUUCCCAGAUUGUUAUGAUUUCUGGGUGAAUGCUGACUCUUCUGAUAUUCACCCAGUUGGUUGGAGUGAGAAAACAGGGCACAAGCUUCAUCCACCUAAAGGAUAUAAAGAAGAUGAAUUUAAUUGGCCUGCAUAUCUGAAGAAAUGUAAGGCUCAAGCUGCUCCUAAAUCCUUGUUUGAAAACCAAAACACUACGGUGAUUCCAUCAGGAUUUCGAGUAGGGAUGAAGCUUGAAGCAGUAGACAGAAAGAACCCUGCAUUUAUAUGUGUUGCUACGGUAACUGACAUCGUGGACAGUCGUUUCCUAGUUCAUUUUGACAACUGGGAUGAGAGCUAUGACUAUUGGUGUGAAGCAGCUAGUCCACACAUUCACCCAGUUGGAUGGUGUAAAGAACACAGAAAGACACUAGUUACCCCUCCAGACUAUCCACAUGCCAAACAUUUUUCUUGGGAGAAAUAUUUGGAAGAAACCGGUUCUUUACCAGCACCUGCCCGGGCUUUUAAAGUGAAGCCAUUUCAUGGAUUUCAGAAGAAUAUGAAACUUGAAGUAGUUGACAAGAGGAAUCCUGUACUUAUCAGGGUAGCCACAGUUGUAGAUACUGAUGAUCACAGAAUAAAGAUCCACUUUGACGGCUGGGACGGCAUUUAUGAUUAUUGGGUCGAUGCAGACAGUCCUGACAACCAUCCUGCUGGCUGGUGUGCGAAAACCGGACAUCCUCUUCAGCCCCCUCUUAGUCCCUUGGAGCUAGUAGAAGCAUUAGAACAAGGAGGGUGCCCUACAGCAGGCUGCAAAGGCAUCGGACACAUUAAAAGGGCCAGACAUAUGGGACACCACAGUGCUGUCAGCUGCCCAUAUUCUGAGAUAAAUCUGAACAAGGAGCAUAUCCUUUCCGACCGUUUAAGUGGAGAACUACCUCUGAAUAAUCCACCUACGCAUUGGAAUAGAAAGCCAGAAGGAAAUGAAACACCAUUUUCUCCUCCAGUCAAUAAUAGAAAAUGCCCCAGUCCCAGUGGCCUAAAAUCUCCAGUAUAUCUCCAUUCACCAAAACAAGAAAAUACAGAUGUGAAACCUGUUUGCAAAAAGCCUCUGAUGUGUGAUGCCAAAGAAAAGAACUACAGGGGAUGCCAGACAACCAGGGAAUUUGCUAAGAAAGAUGGAUUUGAAGGAAAGAAGAUGGAAAGCGAAGAGCCUUUGAACAAAACCAAAGAUGCCAAGGAUUUCUGUAACAAAGGUUCCCAUCCUCAGCCGCUCAUUUUGCAUUCGAAAGGGACAAGCCCAUCCUUUCCAUUGCGGUGGGAGCAGCAGAGCAAACUCCUUCCCACUGUGGCUGGAAUUCCUGCUAGUAAGGUUUCCAAAUGGAGCACAGAUGAGGUCUCAGAGUUCAUACGGACUUUGCCAGGCUGUGAAGAGCAUGGCAAGGUGUUUAAAGAUGAGCAAAUUGAUGGAGAAGCAUUUCUGCUAAUGACACAAGCAGAUAUAGUCAAAAUAAUGAGCAUUAAACUGGGACCAGCCCUAAAAAUCUUCAACUCAAUCCUCAUGUUCAAGGCAGCUGACAAGACCUCUCACAAUGAACUCUGAUGGAGACACAACCACAGGGCAUGCCUCUGUACUUCAGCUCAUGUUUUUAUUCAAAGCACAAAGAUGCAAAAGGAUCAUCAAGUAAGGAACACUCCAAGGUGAGAAAGUUGUUCAAAACAGGUAAAGGACUGACAAGCCUGCAGGAACGUGGCUAACUGAACACUUCUGGAAAGUGCUUAAGCUUUUUCUCAAGACAUCUUUAAAGCCGACUAUACUUACUGUUUGCCAAGUGAAUGCCUCUAAUUUUCCUGACUAGCCACCCUUAAUUUGACAGGAAACCAUUAACUAAAUUAGCUGAAUAAAAUUACGGGGUAUUAGCCUUUUCUAAUGAGUCAUGAAAAAUGUAAUUCAUGAGUUUGCCCAUUCAGCUUAGUGAAUUUAUCUGUAUCAUUUUACCAUUUUCAUAAUGAAUUGUUUACACUCCAAAAACAAGUGGGCUACAGUUGGGUAAUUGAGACUGUUAACAAUUUAAUUUUGCACUGGAGCUCAAACUGAAAACUUUGUUACAAUUCAUGUAUUGUUAAGAAAACAUUCCUGGAAAUCGAUGCUUUUUUAUUUUUGCAUGAUUAAAAAUGUUUAAGAAUACUUCCACCAGCAUAUUUAAUAUGAACUUAUUAAAAUAAAAAAAUG